AGGUUAUAGUUACCAUAUAUAAAUUGUCAAAUAGACUAAAAUUAUUCCUUUUUUUAUAGGCCUGCAAUGAAGCAUCAACGUAUUCUAGUUUUAUUUUUGCUUUCCAUGGCCGUGAUUAGUUUUUUGGUACAUCGCAGGAUUGUUAAGAUUCCCACAUUUAUAUAUUUGAAGUCAAAUUGCGAGGAGGUGACAAAAGAAGAAACAGAACUUCAAAAAGAAGUGAAAACAAUCUUCAAUGAAGUAGACAGUUCAAUUCCGAAGAUCAGCUUCACUCACUUUAAUAACACAACCAGUGCUUGGAACAGCAAAGCCAACAUUAUAAAUCCUAAAGAUAAGUACUGUGUUGGCGAUUCUUUAACUGUCCAAGUUGACAUGUUUGAUCAUUUGGGCAAAAGGAAGACGUAUGGAGGAGACUUCAUGACGGCAAGAAUAUACUCUCCUGAUAUUAAAGCCAGUGCAUCGGGGAGAGUAGAGGAUCUAAGGAAUGGGAGCUAUCACAUACAUUAUACUCUUUUCUGGCAGGGUACAGUACAAUUUUCAAUCCUUAUGGUCCAUCCCAGUGAACUUACAUCAGCUUUAUGGCAGGGAAGAAAUAAAGGCUAUGGAUAUGUAGCCCACACAGGAUAUUUUGUAUACAAAGGCAAUGAGGCCAAAGUAAAGUGUGGAUAUGAUCUAAAUAAAACACAAGAAUUAUGUGAAUAUUCUAAUCCCAAAGAAGAGGAAUACUUUUAUUGUGAAAAACCUGGGAAUAUUCCAUGUGGGUCAAUGAUAAAAAUCAUGAGUGUUUUUGUAGACACUCACUCCUAUCUAAGUGAAGCUGAAAAACAUCUUUUAAUCAGAUCUAAUAUUCGUGUUGAAAUACCGAAAAAUUUUAAAACAAUUUCUGUUACUCUCUGUAGUGGAAAUAUAACUGAAGAAAAGAAGAAAUGCCCAGGAUUUAACUAUACUUUCCCCAGUGGCUAUUUCUACCAGAAUAUAUGGAACCACCGGUAUUGCAGUAUAACAAGAUAUCGCAACAUGAACGAUAUCAAUGAAUGUUUAAAAGGAAAAAUAGUGUACAUGACAGGAGAUUCCACAAUGCUUCAGUGGAUGACUUACAUCAAUAAACAUGUCAAUAGUCUUAAGAUGUUUAACCUUUAUAAUGAACACUGGCCAAUGACACGUUUGUUUGUGGACCUGGAGAGAAAUAUAAAAAUAGAAUGGAGAAAACACACAAAGCCUUUCAUGAUGCUUGUUUUUCAUACCUUUAAGGAGGAGUAUACGAUUCCUGAUCAAAUUGAUCACAUUAGUGGUAACCAACAUACAGUCUACAUAUUUACUCUGGGAAUGCACUUCCGUUUAUUUCCUCUAGAACGUUAUAUCCGAAGGGUCAUUAAUAUAAGGCGAGCCAUUGAACAGCUACUUUUAUGAAGUCCUGAAACCAAAGUUGUUGUUAAGAUGGAGAAUACCAGCGAAAUCGAUAAAAGGAUAGAAAUGAUGAAUGAUUUCCAUGGCAUUGUGCAAUAUUCAAUCCUAAAAAAUGUUUUGCAAGGCCUUAAUAUUUUCGUGGUGGAUGCUUGGGACAUGACUGUUGCUUUUGCAAGUGAAAAUACCCAUCCUUCACAAGAAGUUAUAGCCAGCGAAGUAGAUUGGUUAUUAAGCUAUAUGUGCCAGUAGAAUUUGGUAUUUGCUUAAUAAAAUGUUCAUACAGUAUAUAGGCAAAUCAUGAUGAACAACUAAAGUACAAAACAAUAUAAAUGACACAGAUGUUUUUCAUCAAGGCUUACCAUUGUAAAGGUAAACUACAAGGGUUGAUUACUUGGUUAAUAUCAUUAAUUACUCUGUCUCACUUAAAAUUGUUAUAAGAGGGUUGUCUUUCAACACUAAAGAACAUAAAGUUUACUACUAAUGUUACCAAGGGUUUGGACUGAAUGGGAUACACUGUUGAGUACUUAGAGAGAUUAGUUACAUUUUAGCCAGAUCUCACUUUCUGGGUUUCUUAAAUUUCCUUUUAUCUGGUAUGGUGCCAACAUACUGGAGAGAAGCUGAUGUAAUUCCAACUAUAAAAAGGAGUAUGUCCUUAAGCUGUUAGUUAUGGAAUAUCUGUUAUGGGCAAGCUAUAUAAGGGAUCAAAGUCAAAAUUCUGGCAUAAUAAGUAGUAAGCCUGAUCGAGCAAUUUUGGAAAAAAGCAAAAAAAUGUAUGAUUUGGAUUUUUGCUCGAUAUUAUCAAGUUUUUCCCCGAUCCAAUUAAAUUGUUUUUUUUUUAAUAUUAGAUAAGGUCAAAUCGUGAAUUCUAGUUUUGUCUGACUUUUUUUAAAUGUAAAUUAAUGUUGUAAUCAAUGUAAAUGAUAAAUAAGGCCCCCCAUAUCUUUUUAGAAAGUGAGAAAAUACAAAGUCCCCAAAUGUAACAAAUUUAGUACAAAUUGAAUCCAGGUACUGUUCUGAUUGCCCUUCAGAGGAUUUUUACUUUCUCUGGAUGAGCUAGCAAUUAGACAGGUUUCUUGAUGAUUGACAAACUUUUUUAUCAAUCUCUAUAAUGCUAUGAUUCAAGGGAUGAAAACAUCACCUUAAGUAUGCAGUGGCACCUUUUUGAUCAACUUUCAUUAAGAAGGACAUAAAGGAGCUGGGAAUAGUGCAGUAAUAUGUAACAAUGUAAAUAAAACAAUUAAACUAUAUGAAAAA